CUUUUGGUGUACCCUCAGACCGGAACAGGUGCUGUCAAUAUCACGCGAGCUGACCUGAAGCGGCUGGACGACGGGCAAUACUUGAACGAUACUAUAAUCGAGUUCGGACUCAAACUAUGGAUGGAAAAUCUCCGCCAGAAACUGCCGGAGCUAGCUGACCAGGUGCACGUCUUCAACUCCUUCUUUUAUAAGAAGCUUAGCAGCAAGAAAGAGUGCGUCUUCAUCUCUCUUGGCGGAGUCCCGUCAUACUGA